CCUCUCUGACGAACUUGUGCCCAUAGUAGCAAUGGUAGGCAUGAGCGUCCUGCGGACUGCUGCUGCUUUGGCAGCCAGACUAAACCCUUUAAAACGCGUUUCCGCUGGGACUUUACUCUCUGGGUCUGCUCUACGGACAGAAAAAGCGGUGGUCCGUUAUGGCAGUCAUGGGAAAAAGAUGUUUAUUAUCCAACCUACCGACUACUACGACAGAAGAUUCCUGAAUCUAUUGAAAUAUUACGUUCUGCUGACUGGUAUACCCAUCGCAGUUCUUGUGACCUUAACGAAUGUGUUCAUCGGAGAGGCAGAAUUGGCUGAGACUCCAGAGGGAUACGAGCCAGAAUAUUGGGAGUACUAUAAGCACCCCAUCACCAGGUGGAUUUCACGGAACAUUCUGGAUGACCCGGCCAAAGACUACGAGAAGAUGAUGGCCCUGGUCCACAAUGAGCAGGAGAAGAGGCAGAUGAGGAACAUGCAUCUAGAGGUGAGGAGGCACAUGCGACAGAAGGGUGACGGCCCGUGGUACCACUACGAGACGCUGGACAAGAGUCUGAUUUUCAGCGGCCACAAGGCCACCCCUGACGACUGAGCCCUGUCCGGGGCCCUCCCAUGGAAACUGUACAAUGAGAACAGCUGUGUGUUGAUACUGCAAAUAAUAUCUGUCUGAUUAUUUUUUUCGUCUCUGCAUCAUUAAAGUAUGCACCAACUAUUUAAA